AUGGAUAAGUGGGAGAAAGAAACGAACCCACGAAGGAGAAGAACUCCAUCUUUCUCUUCCUCUCUUCUAGACGUUAUCUACCGUUCAAUUGACAAACCAAAGGAUAGAAGUGGUUAUGCUACUACUACUACUAGAGUAGUUAUGAAGAAGAAACAGAAAGAAGAGAAGGAGAAAAACAAUCUCAGGCGAGCUAUGAUGAUUGAGAAUUGGGUUGAGAAACAGAGCGUUCAAAAUUAUGCGCUUUCGACUUCGACCUCGAACUCUUCGGCCGACUCAAGCUUCGGUGCUCUGUGGUCUUCCUCCGAAACAGAGUCAACCCAAAACCACAGAACCAAAACGAAGCCAUUUCGAGCCACUAUUGGAGUAGCGGUCUCUUCUGAUCAGUCCAAGAAAAAGGUCACAUCCACCCAGUUUGACCAGAGGAGUUCAGAUAAAAGUCAGCAGAAGAAGACCACGAAGCCAGAGAAUGGUGGGUUUUCGAAGACGAAGCUUAAGGCUUUGAAAAUCUAUGGCGAACUGAAAAAAGUGAAGCAACCCAUUUCUCCAGGGGGUCGUAUAGCGACCUUUAUUAACUCUAUUUUCAAUUCGGGCAACGUUAAAAAGGCCAAAAUUAAGUAAAAACUUAGUGUGAAAAAAGAAGGAAAAAACUAAUGAACAAAACGUAAAACUGAAAAUAUAAAAUUAAGUAAGUAGCAUUAAUGAUAAAAAUUCUUUAUAAAAGUGAUAAGCUUUUUUAGGGAUA